AACAUCGUUUCCGUAUGUGUGUGACCCCGAUCCGUGGCACCUACUCUUCACAGCAGCUCUUCUGGCUGCAGCAGCAAAAAACCUUGCUGAAAGUUCCAUGGAAUCAGCGUAAAUGAUGCAUGGUAAACAAUACUUCGCCGUCCAGGGCCGGAGUGACGCGGAAGGUCUUACCUUAAAUGCGAAUAAGACAUUCCUUAAAACAUGGUCAACCACUCUAUGAUAACUUACAUGUCGCCCAGAUGUAUAGAGAUACAUAUGCAUAUUUACUACACCCUGGGCCCAAAGAAAUCCGUCCCUGGCAAGCGGUGGGCAGCGGUGUGCCCUUCAUGGCUUCAUGGUGUUUCUUCUGAUCCGAGAAAUUCUUGCAGCGUUGCCGCCCAGAUCGAUGUGUGUCACCAUGGCGGAGAUCAGAUGGCUGAGCUCAGCUCGUUUCUGCUUUUCUGCUUGUCCAGACAUGAGAAACAAAAGAAAAAGAUUGUUUUUUUUUUGUUUUGGCAGCGGGUGCUGCUGUGGUUUUGGUCUGCCGUCAGCGAAAAAGCACACACACACACACAUGCUCACACGAAACACUACACCGCAGUACAGCGACCUUUAGAAUCUGUCUGCUGAUGCACAUUUAUCAUGCUCUGACAGAUAAUAUUGUGAAAUUACUCAUGGGCAAAAACUAUGAAAAAAUCAAAGAAACACGUUGCAUUCCGUUAGUUGGGCACGGCAGAUGGGGUGGGGGAGUUGUGGUAGUAACGGCGUUAUUUCAAGAUGAUAUUUCAACCAGCCGUCUAUCGAUCCAUCGAUCAAUCGGUUCAUUCUCAGGCCAAACGUUUUCCAAUACUGCCGCCAUUAGAAAUAGGAAGAGGCGUUUGCCACCACUGACCGAAGCUGCGCGGUAAAACGGACGCAAAACUUAAAUAAUGUAUUUAAUGUCCAUUUAUAAAGCAUUUACAAAUACCAUGGAUGUGGUUUACGUCCCGCAACAGUAGCGGGGAAGGGGACUUCGAAGAUCGACCCGUUCUUAGGGACGACGGCCAUGAACGAAGACCAACCCAAGUUAUGCCAGAGAUAUUGGGGAGCCCAGCACGCAACAUUACAGUAACGACCCUCGUUAAACGGAGCAUGCAACUGCAAAACAAAAUGCCAUCCAACAGUUGCAAAGGAGCCUCCGGGGAAUCAUGUUGCCGUGUGCCGUCCACAAUAUAAGCCUGGUCUACGCCCUCGUGUGGGCCAUUGACCAUCACUAUGGACAGUCGACUAGUACGGCCCUGUCCCUCGUCCAGUUCGCCACCAGCUAUGCCAGCCGGGACUACCACAACGAUCUGAUUGACGCGACCCUGUGUCGAGCAUCGACCGCGGCUAAAAUUCAGUUUCUCCUCGAGGAUGAGCGCAUGGACAUGACGGACAACACCGAGGAGUUGCCGCCGCCCAGUGGGGUGAUGGGACGACCGUGCGCCAUUUGGUUUUUGGACAGCCUGCGUGCGUACAUCCGACUCGAGCGGUAUCUACUCCAGCCGGGCAGCACCUACAAGCGAAACGGCUUCUUCAUCAUUGUCUAUACGGGCAGGGAGAUGGAGCCCGUGGAGAUAAUCAAGAUCAUGUUCAGACGCCUCCUCAACAUCUAUGUGCUCAAUGUGAAUGUGUUUUUGAAUAGGAGCGGCACUGUCCAGAUGUACACCUACUAUCCCUACGGACCACACCGAUGCCAGUCGUCGCUGCCCGUCUAUUAUGGCUCCUUUCAGGGCAUGCCCUCCAGUGCGGAGUUUGGACUCGGGAAGCAGCUCUUUCCCAGAAAACUGACGAACUUGCAUGGCUGUGAGCUGGUCACAGCGACCUUUGAGCACCGGCCCUAUGUGAUAAUCGAUGACGACGCCGAUUCUCCCAACGGGCGGCGUCUGCACGGCAUCGAGGGAAUGAUCUUUAAUUCGAUUGCAGAGCGCAUGAACUUCACAAUCAAGCUGAUUGAGCGUCAGGACAAGGAUCGGGGCCAGAUUCUGCCCAAUGGCAGCUUUACGGGCAUUCUCAAAAUGAUGUUGGAAGGCGACGCCAACAUUACAUUCGUGUGCUUCAUGUACAGCAAGGAACGAGCCGAUGUAAUGCUCCCGAGCGUCUCCUAUACGAACUUUCCAAUUGUUCUGGUCAUACCUGGUGGGGCGUCAAUGUCGCCGCUGGAGCGACUGAUGAAGCCAUUCCGUUACAUCAUCUGGUCCUGUCUGAUCGUGAGUGUGCUGGUCGGCCUCACCCUGAUUGCCGUCCUCCAGAUGAUGCCAGUGCCAGCGCUGCGCGAUCUGGUCCUCGGUAGAAGCAAUCGAUUGCCCUGCCUGGGCCUGUGGUACACCCUCCUAGGCGGCUUGGCCCUGCGCACGCCGCGACGUAACUUUUCACGCUACCUGCUGGUCAUGUGGCUGCUCCAGACUCUGGUACUGCGGGCCGCCUAUACGGGCCAGCUGUAUCUCCUCCUGCAGGAUGCUCAGGUGCGCACACCACUGCAGACGCUGGCCGAGGUGGUGGCCAAGGGAUAUGAGUUUUGCAUGCUACCGGCCUUGAAGGGAGUCUUCCGCGACUCACUGCUCGGCUCAAAAAUCCGCUUGGUGAGGAACCACCAGGCCUCGCUCCGUCGACUGCGCGACGAGGAUGAUCCGGGCAUAGCGGUGCCGCUGCUGCUGCCGACGGUCUAUGAGUUUGACUAUCAAUCAGGGACGACCCAACGGCACCUAACCGUGCUGCCCGAUGCCCUCAUGACUGCUCCACUGACCUUCUACAUGCGUCCGCAUUCGUAUCUGAAGCGUCGCAUUGAUCGCCUGCUAAUGGCCAUGAUGUCGUCGGGAAUUACCUACCACUAUCGGCGCAUGUAUCUCGAUCGCAUCGAGCGAUUGGCCAAGCAGCGCAACCAGGAGCCCCAACCCCUGAACAUUAUGCGGUUGGGUGGCGUCUUUGUCUGUUUCUUGGCCCUCCAGCUGCUGGCUGGCAUAGUCUUUGUCUUGGAGCGCCUAGCUCUGAGGCAUCCGCGUUUCCGCAGAGUCCUGGAUGUGGCCAACCGCUAUAUAGCCUGAUCCACAUUCGCCCGCCAUAGCCCCCCUCCCCCCAUAGACCCCGCACACGCACACACUUUUGCACCUUGGACAAUUGUACGAGCCAAUCUUCGCCAGUGUGGCCUCUGGCUAAGCAGCUCCAAGGCAAACACACAGAUGCCCACAGCCAAGGCACCGCACAGACAAUUCAAGGCGGCCC